UUGGUCGCGAUUGUGUGUCUCCUUGCCCCCAACACCACGCCAACUACACCACGUCACCCGCUACAGUCACUGUUACGCUUCAUCAAUUUUUCGACACUGCUUAAUCUAUUGGACCUGGCGCUAUUUUGGAGAUUUAUUGUGUACUGCAGUAGCGCCCGCCUUCUUCGAACAAUGCCCCCUGGCGCACCGAUCGCAUUGCCAACUGGUGCGCAUCCUUUCGUCUGAACAACGACAAAGACAACGCCAGAUGCCACAAUGGAUCUGCGUUCUGUAUUGAACGACUCGGGCGACCGUGGCCGCGAUGGCAGCCGCGAUCGCGAGCGAAGCGCGCCUCAGCCUCAACCCCAGCCGCCCACGCCGCAACAGCAACCGCGUCAGCUAUCGCAACAUCACCAACAGAGCCCGGCCAGCUAUCCUGCGCAUCGCGAAUACUCCUACCCGCACCCGUCACCAGGCAAUCCUCCAUCACGCGAAUAUGAGUACCACGCUGCGCCAUAUCACCAAGGGCCUCCGCAGUCGCCCUAUCAACAGCCGCCGUAUCCACAAGGUCGCCCAGGCCCGCCGCCUCCCUUGAAGCCUACAACCUCGUUUCACGAUGUUCGAUCCCCAUCCGGACCCCCAGGUCCGUCGCCUACAGCAUAUCGUCCUGCGCCAACACCUACCGCAGCACCAAAUGCGUCAGGCUACUUCCCUCCCCACGAUAGUCCCGUGAUGCGGCAUCAGUCUCGACCUGAGAACUACCCAUAUCAGCAGCAGCAGCCGGUGCCGCAGGUCCAACAGCAACAGCCUACGUACCAAUAUCAGCAGCGCUCUGCUUCGCAACAAUCGACGCCCACGCCAACAUCAGCACAAUACGGGCCCUCUUUGUACGGCAGCCCCGUCGCGACGCACCAUUCACAACCUCCAACGCCGCAAGGGCCUCCAUUGUCUGCAACCCAAAAGCAACCCUCUUAUCCACAACAAUCACCGACGCAAUAUCAGCAACCUUUACCUCCGCCACCCCAACCGCAACCACAUACUCGACUCGAAUCACGCGCACAAACGCCGACUCUAUCACAGAGACGUACAUCUGUAGCGCAAAUCACGAAUCCACCGGUGCUAGAUAGGGAACAUAGUAUGUCUGUCAGCCCAAAGACGAGGCCACCGUCGAUACCCAGCGGCAACGACUACGUCCCUGCGCCUUCCGAGGCCAUGGACCGAGCGACAACACCAGCGAAGCGCAAAAUGGAAGACAGGGAUGACGAGCCCAAGGUCAACGGGGAGCGGCCCGCGAAGACCUCCAAGAAGCAAGAUGCACCAGCCAAGGGUCCUAUCCGGCGACGUUAUCCCGCGCCCCCAAUCUGGGCUCAAAGUGCGCGGACACUGGGCGAGCGGUUGCCCAACAAGCCCAACUUUGUGUUGCAAAAGCGCGCGCACGCGCAUGUCAACGGGGCCAAACAUGUGGUCACUCAGCCUCCUCCACCACGCGACGCACCACGCGAAUCCGCUCCGCCACUAGCCCAUCCAGCACAGGACUUGCUGGGUGACUGGGAACCAACCAUCACAAAUUUGGGUCCGCCCGAAGACAUUCCUCGGGUGAUGGCUGAUUUUCUGUUCUUCAACAUCAUCAAAAACCCUGCGGCUCACGAAAUAGAGUCCAGGGGUAUCAAGUUCGAAGUCGAAGCCAAGCUCGGGACGCUCGUGGACCGGGACACCAACGACCAGCGCGUGGAGCGGGGCCUGCUAUCCGAAGCCAUUCUCGCGGACCCGUCACGCGUCGCCUUUAAGAGUAGAAUGACAGAGUCGGCGCACAAGUCCUUCAAUGAAUUCUUGAACGCCACGGUCAAGGAGACACAUGAACAGCAAGCAGCAGGCACCAGGCGGGUACCGUUGCGAUAUCUGCACCGCUAUGAAGUCGAUCAAUUCGUCGACAUGACGCCCGACAUGUUGGAUCGUUUGCCCGAAUGCAUGAACACAGCCCCCCAACCUGGCCAGGGCAGGCGACGUCCUCGCGUCAGGGUCAGUCGGAACCAGCAAACCGGCCAGGUCAUUGCCCAGAUUGUCAAGGCGCGCGUGGCGGAUCUCGACUUUCAUAUUCCAUGGGGGCCUAUGGACUGUCGCAUCUCCAUUAACCUCGAGAUGGACUGGGAUGGCCCGUUGGAGCAACUAGAGGAUGCGCUCGCGCGGCAGAAUGACCGACAACCAGAUCGCAGGAAGGACCGCCUCAGCUACACACAGGGUCCCUAUCAGAUCGACUUGACACAGGUCACGCAGGAGCAAAAGGACAGAGGUCAAAGUCGAUUCACCAAGGAGCAUGAGCUGGAGAUCGAAUUGGACCCGGCUACACUGAUAGAGCAGGGUCGCAGGGCUGAUGAAGGCCGAGAACAUCGGUACCUCGAGCUCGUGACUGGAUUCGUGGACAAUAUCCGGCUACUCGCGAGAAAGGCAGAUGAAAUAGGGGAUGUGUCUGGAAAAGGGCCACGAUAAGCACGGAUUGCUUGACAAGGCGCUUGGCGUUCAAGACGGAAGGGCAACUGGUGGCGUUUGGGUAGACGGUGUUCUUUCGGGAGGCUACAGCUGUAAUACGUCUUCGCUUUGCUGGCUUUGUCCGGGAUUUCGGUCAUCAAGUACCCGGGACGACUGGCAGCGAUUGAUAAUGGGACCUGCGAAAGCAUUAGAGCUGCAGGCAAAUAUGCAAAGAAGCCUAUUGCAGGCUCAAAGAACAUGGC